AUAUUCAACAGAAGCAAGCUGUUUCAAUUGGAUACUUCAAGCUAGCUCCAAAUUUUUUUCCAAAAAAAGUCCCAAAACAUAUACUUCAAGAACUCAAACCCAGCUUUGCUCCUUCAUUAACAAAAACUUGAGAGAGUUUGUUGGAGUCUUUGGAUAUGCUGAAAUGACCCCGUUAUCGACUUGUUGGCUUUUGAUUGAACUAUAUGUGAUCCCACAUGGAUAUCUUAAGUGGUAUUUUUUGAGUUUCUAUAUUCAGCCUUUUCUUCUUGCUCUCUGUCAACUUUAUCUAUGGAUCAAAGUGUUACAAAAAUUUCUAUUAACCUUCAUCCUAUUAGUUUACAAGUCCUCUUGUUUCUUAAUUUCAUACGUUACAAGAUUCCGUAAAUUCUGCCUCCUCUUCUUCAAGAAGUACGUCUUACCAAAUGGAAAAAAUCAUCAUAUUCUCAUAGAAGAGGUGGAGGAGUUCUUCGAUGUUAUACCAGAUAACGAAUACCAAAAUGAGAUCGUCCUUUAUACGAGCUUGAACAUGAGACGAAGUAGUAGUAACUCAAAUGGAACGGUCCAUUUGAACAUGAGAAAUAAAUCGCACGACAACAUGAUCUAUGCAUAUGAUUUUCAAACUAGAGUUUCUCAAAUGUUCGCUAAAGAUCACGAGGUUAGUACGUUUAUUGAACCAAAUCAAGGUGAGUUUAUGGAACUCGGAGAACAUGAAGAGGAUCCUAGUGAUGUACUAGUGGACAGUUGUUCAGUCAUUUCUUCUGUUGAUGAAAAAAUGAAUUUACUCGAUAAUUAUAAUGCUGUCCCUCUAUUUCGUGGUCCAAUUUUAUCCGAAACAGAACUAGAACUAGAGUUUUCCCUAUUGAGUCCUGUUUCAAGUUUGUCACCAGGUAUCAAUGGUCCGGCGCUUGAGGAAUAUUUUCCAUCUCCUAAUAUGUCGUCCCCAUUGGAUUAUGGUACGUUGAACCAAAAUUUCCCAUCAGUUAAUAGCUAUACAACUGGUAUGGUAAUGGAUCAGCAGCUGGUUCAUGAGUACACGAGUUGUGCAGAUGAAGAAGUAGAUUUGUUAUACAACAAGUAUGCUGAAAGAAUGAGCUGGUUUGAUGUUCUCAAUCAUGAAAGGUUAUGUGCCUUAAGUGCAGUACUGAGGAAGCACUUGUCAAGUCCAAAUUCAUUUGAGUUUGAAAUGGAGCCUACAAGUUUGCCUGUCCAAUAUAUUUCUUUGAGUAGGGUGGCAAGAAAAAGACUUGUGAGGAGCUUAGAGAGUGAUUUGGAGUUGGUUUAUGUGGCACAGUCAUGUUUGUCAUGGGAAAUACUUCAUCAUCAGUAUAAAAAAGUAGAGGCUCUUUGUUGUUCAACUUCGAAAAAUGGGAUCUUUUGUGGUAAUAUAACAGCAAAAUUUCAGAAAUUCCAAAUACUGCUAGAAAGAUUUGUGGAAGAUGAUAGCUGUGGAGGCAAAAGGCAUUUAAAUUAUGCUCAUACAAGAUUUUCACAAAAGAAUCUCCUCCAAGUUCCACAGGUUUCUGGAUAUGUAGAAUCAAAUGAAAGAGUGAAUGGAGAAACAAGCAAGCCAAUAGAAGUGCUAAAGGCCAUAGAGAAAUGCAUACAUGCUUUCUGGUUUUAUGUAAAAACAGAUUGCAAGAAAAAGAAGAAAUUUUUGUGGAGUCAACCACGUGUAGAAGACCCCAGAGACAUACUGCUACUUCAUGACUUAAAUAAAAAACUUCAAAUGAAAGAGUUAUGGCUAAAGGACGUGAAAGGUAAGAGAAAUUGCUGGCUAAGAAGAGCAAUAAAGCCUCAACAAGAAGAAUAUAGCAAAAUAGACUUUGUGUUAACAUUGAUAGACAUGGAGCUGGUGUCAAGGAUUCUCCACAUGUCCAUUAUCUCUACCUCUCAUUUCAAAUGGUGCCAACAAAAGCUUAAUAAUAUACAGUUCAAAGAUGGUCACAUUUUAAGGACCCCCAUUACCCUCCCACUGUUUCCAUCUUGAUCACACCUUUUUCCUUUUAUUUCCUCAACUUUUUUGUGAAUAUUUUUUAAGCAUAGCUGUUCUUCUUCUACCAAUAAUAAUGGAAUGUAAAGAUAUAGGGAAGUGGUUAAAGCAUACACUGCCUAUGCAUAUCGGCUGUAUAUAUUUUGUAUAUAAUAUUUACAAUGUAUGUAUGCUAAUGAAUAUUAAGUACUAUAAAGUAUACAAUUUGUGCAUAUAUGGCAAUGAGACUGGUUAGUUACUUUCCAAUAUGUAUUAUGCAAUUAAUUAUUAGCUUCUUCUUUUUGGGCUAAAUAGUACUUAGCAAGCUUUUCUAUGAUGUAUAUAUAAUAAUAACUACACUGUAAAGAACUACAUAUCAGUAUGUGUGUUAAUUUAAGCAUCAACUUUUUUUAAUGCUAAAAUACCCCAAAAGAACUGUUUUUUCAUUUUGGAUGAUGUGUAAAAAUCAUAAAGCAUAAAACUGGGUAUGUUGUUGUUGUAUAGAGAAGU